ACGUUUCUUGCCUCUGACGUCAACAAGAGCUCAGGACAGCCAGCAGAUUACUUGGUCAAAAGUGGGAAGAAAACAAUGAAGAAGAAGCUGAAGAGGGAAGUCAACCUUACUUAAUGCCUUCAACAGAGUCGGGUAGCAGCGCUGAUGCACACUCAUCCAGCGAGGUAUUGAGGAUUCAAUCACACUUGCCGCCUGGCCCUUCUUCUGGCUCCCCCAUCCAAGAAAUUGUCGACAGGGCGUACCGAGUACACGAUGAAUGGUCCCUGGCGUGUUUCAUCGCCACUUCUGUGGCGCUCUUCCUUCUCCUGUGCUCAGUUGCUUACUUCUUCUUAGGUAACCGAGGACUACUUCGCUCACAUUACUCGCCACGGCCCUCACUCAAAGGAGCUCCCGUGCUCAGCCGGCCACGAGGCCAGGUACCGGGGCCCGUGAUGGUCUGCUACUACGAUCCGGCAUGGUCCAACGAUACCGCACGCGGCGCCUGGGUCUACCAUCUGUCGCAGCACUUUCACGCCGAGCAGUGCACUCACGCGGUCUUAGUGGCCGCUGAGUACGGUGACCGCGGCAUCGUGCUUCCUAGACACGUCUCAGAGUCCCUUGCGAAUUUUCUAAUUCUGCGACGGCCAAGUCUCCCCGUACUGGUAUCCGUGAUGGUACGAGACGUCACCGAAGCAUUUUCAAAUUGGCAGCAAUUUGCCCAAGUUGUUGUCGACUGGGCAAUAAAGAAUGGUUUCGAUGGUGUGGAACUCGAUAUGGCCGAAGGAACAGCUGCACGCGGAUAUGACGCUCUGGCCCAGGCUUUAUCAAGGCAGAUGGCAUUGGCGACGCAACUGUGGAUCCUGAGCGCAAAUGUCUACAUGACUCCGAGCUUUUCAAAGCAAGUGGACUUGCAGGCGCUGCACAGGGUAGUCGACUUCUUGGUGCUCAACACGCAAGGCCUCUCGCUGGAUGAUCAGGUUACGUCAGCCCACUCGCCACUUUACGGGAAAAAUUCGUGGAACAGCACCCUUGGAAUGGUGUACGCCCGCACGGCAUCGCUCUCUCGGCUGGUGCCCACAGUACCGUUCAUGUCGCGAGAGUUCGAGCUGAGGGAAAAGUUGCCCAGCCCUACCAGCGUCUGCGCAGGCAUCGGCUGCCGAGGAGUGGCCGCGAAAACCCAGUACCACUCUUCGCCAGGCAUCAGAGCCUUCUUCGAGGUGUGUGAAACCUUAAACGAUACAUCGUGGCUGAAGGCCUGGCAGGAAGACGAUUACUAUUUCAUGGAGUCUAAAGAACGACGAUUCAUUGUUCUGGAAACAAGGGAAAGCAUCACUUGCAAGAUGCUAUUCGUUGCUGCCCACCGCUUGCUAGGCGUGGCGCUGAAGCAACUCGGGUUGGACGCUUUCCGAGCGUCGCCAGAGUGCGGCCCUCGGGACACGCUGUUCGACGCCGUGGAUACCCAGUUCCGGCAAUUCCAACGCAGUGGAGACGGCAAGCUGCGGUGGAUGGCUCCCCGCGUGCGGCUGACCGUGGUGCGCGAGAGUGGAAGGACCAGCUGUGUUGGCAUCGUCUAGCCAGAUUGUAGCUAGCCACGGUCGCGUUGUUUCAUAUUUUUAAUUAUAUUUAGGGACUCCGUAUUGCUUUUUGUAGCACUUGAUAAACUUUGAAUUUUGAGCUGAUAUGAA